GACAAUAGUGGAGAGGUUGUCAUGAUCGCGUCUUUUGUGCGCCAAGCUAAUAGUGGAUCCCUCACGACAUGGAGAGCAAAGCGACAAUGUUUUAUGGGCAGAUGUGGCACGACACCUAUGUGCACAGUUUGUCCCUCGUGCUGCUCAGACUCUCCUCAAAUGGUCAUGGAGAUGGCCCCUCCAAAGAGUUGUUGUGCAUCACCAAGACCGUCUCCAACCUGUUGCCAAGCUCCUGCACCACUCCCUCCACCUCCUCCACCACCAGUUGUUUCCACAGUUCAGUGCUGCAGAGCCGCUCCCGCUCCGUUAAAUCCCUGCUGUCAGGUAGCUCUAGCGGCUCCUCAGCCACCAUCUGAGCAGGAGCAGUGCUGUUUAGCUGCGCCAUCUCCAAACAACAUUUGCUGCCGAGAAAUGGCUCCAAUUCAACCACCAGCCCCUCCACCUUGCAGAUGUGGGGCUCGCAUGAAUGAAAUGGAGUGCCCUGGAUGCAUUUCUUACAAACCGAGGUGUAAUCCAAUCGCAGUUUCCUGCAGAUUAGCAUUCCGCGUCCGGAGAGAUGCCCAUUACAAGAUGUUGUCUCAUCUCAGCGAACCCUCGUUGUGA